GUGACGGCUACAUCGGUUGGUUUUCCUCGCGUACCGUCCGGGCCGUCCCAGCAGCGCUCUCACCCUUUCGCGGUAGUACUGUGCCCAUACUCUGACCUCGCCGCGCGAAAUUCGUCGCGAUGCCACGGCUUAGGUCGACGUCGUCGGUGCAGUGCCAGAGAGGGUGGUAGUCGCGACGGGGGUAGUUCGCCGAGGGAAGAAACGCGGGGGUGGCCGCGCUACGUCCUCGGUCCGAUCCCACUACCCUCUCUUUCUCUCUCUCUGUCUGUCUCUCUAGGAUUUUUCGGUGCACCGCUUUCGUUCAUUCCGAAGGUGGUCGCGCCGCGAGCUCGCCUCCGGCAGGCGGGAAGGUCGUCCAGCGCAAUUGCUGGACGAAACUUGAAAUUACUUCGGCACGUCCGAUAAAACGGCGUUAUCGGGAAACGAUUUGCCCGAUUCGGCAAGCCGAAGUUUGAAGAAAUACGGCGGACAGGCUGCCGACGCCAGCCAGAGGCUCGUCGGUCCCGGGGCCAGGGGGGUUGGGGACGAGGGGGUAGGAGGCGGACAUCCCCACGAAGCUGUACGCAAAAGAAAUCCCCCUACAAUAGUGCUCGAUUCGCCGCGACGGAGGAACCACGAUGAUGAUCGCGCGCGCGCGCGCGUGUGGGCUUCCUAAUCUAGUGUUGUGCCGAUCCAUCGGAGAUAUGGUAGCUCAGUGAUGAAUCAAGGAAAGUGCUAACUCAACGCGGAGGAGUAACCAACAGAGAUCCUUCUAAUUUGUUUCUGCCUACGAGUGUCUAUUUAGGGAGCGGUGGUUAGUUAGUACACCGCUGAUCAGCAGUGUGAUUUUAACCCAAUUGGGUUAAUCGAAAGUUGAAGUUGUUGACUUAGCUGGAAUAGUGUCACACUUCCGGGGAAGAGAGUUUGCGUUCGCAAACCGCAAGACGAGAUAUCGGAGGACUCCGUGGGCAAGAGUGACGAGUUUCUUGAAUACACGAGAAGGGCCCUCUUACGUAUGCUAUUUUUAUUCCAACGACACGGUGUGCGUGGCUUUACGCGUAUCUCCUCAAACAUCGAUCAACCGAAGCAAAUAAGGGAUUCCCAGUCAUCCCGUUCGCGGGAAGCGAAUAUCCUGGAAUUCUCGCGCGAAGAAUAGCUCCACGCGCCAUAUUUUGUAUCUCUUUAAGAAUUAGAGACUAGAACGCCGUCAGAGUUCCUUUGUAAACGCCACCGCGUCGCUCCCCUCAGCGAGUCAGCUUCAACGGGUAGACUGUUCCGCUGAGGAGUCGCGCCAACGAACGUUCCACUUGACUUGAUCGAGACGCUAGUUCGACAUGUAUCCGCGAGAUGUGACAGCUAGAUGCAAUCAGCCACGAUCCGUCCACAGAAAUCUGGAGUGAGAGAUUGAACGCGCGGACUAUUUCCGUCGUCUCGUGCUUUCGCCGCUCGUCAGGAUGAAACGAACGGGCAAACAUCCGAAGAGCGGCUUCCUAUUGGGCGUGAUUAGGGCCGGCGCGUUUUAUCUUUUUCGGCACAUUAAGCACGCCAUUAGGAACGAGAUCGUAUUCGUCUGAGCGAUAAGACACGCGUGAGGUUCCUUCAGAAGCGUCGACGAGCCGGAAGAGUCGAGUGGAAGAGUGGAAGCCAUCGAGGACCAGGUUACCUUGGUCGAAAUUCUAACAAAGAAAUCCUAUUUCCAGCUUGAAAUUCAUAUCCGAGCAUCGCGCGAUGUCAGUCUACCGCGGAAGAGUGUGAAGUUAUCCUGUGACAGUGUAGAAAUAAUUAGUUUUCGGAUUAGACGUUGAACCAUAGAUUUACGAGGAUUUCUCCCCUUCCCUCUCUCUCUCUCUCUCUCUCUUUCUCUCUCAUUCUCUGCUAAGCAUAGGCAGUCUCUAUUGUUCGCUGGAGCGACGAGACGAAACAGCAGACGCAAAGGAUCAUUAACACUAACACAACUCGAAGUUGCCGAGGCUGAUGGUAAUUACGUCGAAAAGAUAACAAUGUAAUGUUUGUAAUAAGGAUGUGCUCGUCCUCGCCGCCGCUGAUGCAUCAGCGAAGUGUCUAAACUUCUUCAAUCACCAUAAUCAGAUCUCAAAUUACGUGUAUCGCCAAGAAGAGGAUAUUCAUAACGGCAAAAUUACGAUUCCUGCAACUCUUCGGGAUUGUUAGAAUUCGCCGGCGUCUAACUCGGGAUGCUUCUCGCUCCAUUAAUUCGCAGUCUUCCUUAGGUGCUAGACGAUUACGGGCGAUCCGCGGUCUUGUGUUCUCUUGAAAUUCUUUGGAUAAAAGAAUGUAGCCCAGACUAUGGCGAACCCUUAAGAUCGUUAUAUCGGCGAAGGGUCACGGAACAUCCACUUCAUCUCGUCAGUUCUCCGUUUCACGGGUCGUUUAAGUUUCGGAAGAUCUAACUGAGAACGGCAGCCAUUCUCGAGCGCUCCAAAAUUACCAGAGACGACCGAGAGAUCAUGAUGAUCAGCCCCGUUGAACGAAGCUUCGCUUGAAUAUCGCUUGAUAUCGAGGUGCACCUUAUACGCUUCAAGAAAGGUCCAAUCAGACCCUUCACUCUUGAAGAGAUUGAUGUAUCCAGGCGACGAACAGGUGCCUGAGAGCUGCGAGAUGGACCAACUCGCGUACGUUCGCGUCUCCGGCGGCGGUUAAAACGGAGGUGAUCGCGACGGAAGGCAAGCAAGGCGGUAUGAGAGGUGUCAGAGCGGCGAAAAAGAAGUGAUCGGCGGGGGUGGUGAAGCCGAAGGGAGGGUGGGUGACGCCGAAGGCGCCGGUGAUCGCAUCAAGAUGACGUCGUCGUCGUCGAUCUUGGGGCUGCUCGGCUUGAUCCUGGCGAUCAGUAGCGCCCAGCUGAGCUCGAGGAUCGUCAGGACUAAGUACGGCGAGCUGUCAGGCGUGAUCGUUACCCUCGAUCGAUAUCUCGAGGGCGUCGAGGUGUUCCGCGGCGUGCCCUACGCCUCGCCGCCGAUUGGCUCGUUGCGCUUCAUGCCGCCCGUCAGCGGCGCCCUUUGGUACGGCGUGAAGGUCGCCGACAAGUUCGGACCGGUCUGUCCCCAGAAGCUGCCCGAGCUCAGCGACAAGAUGCCCAAGGGCAGAGUGGAGUACCUCAAGAGGCUAUUGCCUUACCUCAGGAACCAGAGCGAGGACUGCCUGUACCUCAACGUUUACGCGCCGGUUCAAGCCGGCGCGAGGGACGGCGGCGGCAGGAGGUACCCCGUGAUCGUGUUCGUGCACGGCGAGAGUUACGAAUGGAGCAGCGGAAAUCCUUAUGACGGCAGCGUACUAGCGAGCUACGGUGGCGUCGUCGUCGUCACCAUCAACUACAGACUCGGCAUCCUUGGCUUUCUAAACGCCAACACAGACUCGCACUUACGCUCACCGGCGAAUUACGGCCUGAUGGACCAGAUCGCGGCGUUACAUUGGGUGCAAGAGAACAUCGCCUAUUUUGGGGGCGAUCCUGGAAACGUCACGCUUGUGGGACACGGCACCGGCGCCGCCUGCGUGAACUUCCUGAUGACCAGCCACGCGGUCCCUGACGGUCUGCUGUUCCACCGAGGUGUCCUGAUGUCGGGCAGCGCGCUUUCACCCUGGGCGUUGGUAAGAGGCGCCGCCAAUUACGCCAUGCAGGUCGCCAAACACCUAAAUUGUUCGUCGGCGGCGGGAGAUCCUCAAGCCCUGCUUAGGUGCCUCAGGGACGUGUCCUUGAGCGAACUGGUGUCGGUGCCUGUUAAAGGAUUGGAGUUCGCGCCGGCUUUCGGUCCCAGCAUAGACGGCGUCGUGAUUGAUCCUGGCGAUCCCGAGGAUCAGGACUACACCCUGCAGGUCGACACGAUCAAUACGCUCAACAACAUUCUGCUGAGGAAAGACGUCGUGGCGAAACUGUCGAGGUACGAUCUGAUGGUGGGGGUGGUUCGCUCGGAAGCGUAUUUUUCGUUAACCGCGGACGAUGCUCAGUAUGGAAUCGAGGCUGACAGGAGGACGAAGAUCCUGCGCGAAUUCGUGCGGAAUACGUACACGUAUCACCAGCCCGAGAUCCUGGCUACCAUAAUAAACGAAUACACGGAUUGGGAGCGACCUGUGCAGCAUCCUGUUAAUAUCAGGGACGAGACCCUGGAGGCCUUGGGAGACGCGAAUACGGUCGCCCCAGCGACGAGAACCGCGGAUCUUCACAGCCAAUCCCAUAGGAACUCGUAUCUAUAUGUCUUCGAUUACCAGACGAAAUUCGGGGACUACCCUCAGAGGCCGGGCUGCAUUCACGGAGAGGAGCUGCCGUAUUUUUUCGGGGCGCCCUUAGUCGGAGGUUUAUCCCAUUGGCCGAAGAACUAUACCAGGGCCGAGAUAGCGCUCUCUGAGAGCGUGAUACUUUACCUGACAAACUUCGCACGCACCGGGAAUCCGAACGAGGGCACUCCUGAUCCUGGACCCCUCGGCUCCAGGCCGGAAAGGACCAAGUUCAAGAAUAUCGAUUGGACCGCCUAUGAGGCCGUCCAUAAAAAAUAUCUUAGUAUAGAGAUUAAAUCGAAAUUGAAGAACCACUAUAGGGCCCACCGCCUUUCUUUUUGGCUAAACCUGGUGCCUGAUCUUCACAAACCCGGCUCAGACGACGUUCCUAGGUCGCAUCACCUUCUCGACGCCGAGCAGGUACCACCCAGAUUCAUCCAGAGGCUGCCGACGACCGCGAGGACGACCACUCUGGAAGUAACCUCCAUGGAGAAGACGUCGUUUAACGUGUCGACAGCCAUCCCCAGCGAGCUGGCCUUCGAGGACACCACGGCUCAGCCGGAGGACGGCUUCGCCGCGUACUCCACGGCCCUGAGCGUGACGAUCGCGAUCGGCUGCAGCCUGCUGGUGCUGAACGUGCUGAUCUUCGCCGGGGUGUACUACCAGCGCGACCGUAGUAACCACCAGCACCAGAACUGCUCGAAGAAGCGCCAGGAGAACGGCCAGAUGCCGAACAACAUCUGCGGCGAGCUGGAGACCAAGACCGCCGAGCGCCACCACAUACAGCACAUACCGCCGCCGGAAUUCGCCGACCUCCAGAAUAAUACCUGUCACGUGCCUAUGCCGCCCCCGCCGCCGAAGAACACGAAACCCGGCAAGCCCGGCCAGAACCUCAUCAUCAGCCCGAACCAGCUUCAGCAGGAGAGCCUAGCCAUGAGCGGCACCGGGACCCUGAAGAAGGGACACAAUCACCCGCAGGUCAUGGAGGAGCUGAGAGUCUGACUCUAGGAGACACCGCGGCCUGUCAAGUAACACGGCCGCGACAGACCCGGACAGACCGCGGAACCGCCGGACGUCACCGCGAGAUCACUUCCGAGUGGUAUUUUUCCGUCGACAGCCUGGCUGUGAGCGACCUCGCACGAGAGAAAGAGAGAGAGAGAGAGGCUCCUCUCUCCGCAGCUCGUGCGGAAGUUGAGGACCCGCCACUGAGAGGCUCGGUGCAGCAAUGUGGCCGCGAACAGCUCGGGAUUACAAUACGAAAGCUAAAGCCAAUAUGAGGAACUACUUUGAGAAUUGGUGUUCUCCGUGACACUCGAAUCAAGAGAAGAGGGAAAGGCGAUUCUUUAAGGUCCUCGGGACUGUGAGACUCUGAGACACUGAUGGGGAAUGAUGAGGAAGGGACGGUGAAUGAAGGAUCUUUGUUGUUACGCGAGAAGUAUUACGUAUUAGUGCAGGGGCGUAGCUGGGAUUUUGGGUCCGGAUAGCGACUUUCGCUAUCGAUUCUCAUGUAGAGGCAACAGUAGAAAGAGAGAGAAAGAGAGAGGAAGAGAAGGUCAAUAAACGACUGUACGGGCCUAGAAGCCUUACAUCCUUUCGCUACGCCCCUGCGUUAGUGACAACGCCAUACUGUUAUCGUUUUCUACCUUUCGAAUUUGCGACCAACUGCCGAAAAAUUACGUAGUCUUCGACGGAUAGGCGAAUCUGCGUAAGUAGAACUCUUCAUCUCCGGAAAAAAGCGAGCUUUGGAGCGAACUUCCAAAGAGUGAUUCCGAAAAUUCAUCGCGAAGUGAAAAAUGCGCGAACGGCACAUUGAUUUUCCAUUAAUACGCCGCGCGCGCGAACUACUUGAUCUGUUCUCGAAUUACCCUACUUUUAAGUCACUCUACUUCCAUCACAUUACUUCGUGUCGUUUAUGUCGCUCUAAGAGUUAUAUUUAUCUUCCUAUUUAAAAGUUCUUACUACUUGUUAUUAAAAAUAAAUAUCCUCUCUCUUAUACGUUGCGAGAAUAUUCAAUGCAUUAUUUUUAUUUUGAUAAAAAUAAUCUAUUUUUAAAGUUACACACUUUAUGAUAGAUUUCUUUACAUCAAUGCUUUAGCUAAUUCCGGACAGACCUGAUUUGUUUUCCAAUCAAAUUAUUUCGACUCCAAUCGAUUAUUUCAUACCAAUUUGGCGAGAACGCUGAAAACGAAAAUUUAUAAGCUUUUUAUAUAUAUUUUUUUUUCGUUACUUCCUUCCAUUAUCUUUCCAUGAUAUAUAGACUGAAGGUUCGAGUUAAAUCGUACCGAUACUGUCCUCGUUCUUCCGUGUAAUGAUGAUGAUAAUGAUGAUGAUAAUGAUGAUGAAAAUGAUGAUGAUGAUAAAGACGAUGACGAUGGUGAUGUCGAUUUGAGUCGCUGCCACGACGAUUCAUUUCUAUGACGUCGAUCGAUCAAAUGCUCAAUUAAAGUCCCAGUUGACCCUUUCCUUCCCAACGACUACUACGUUUCUACGUAAUUUCCACAAUGUGCACAUUCGUUUUCAACGAUAAUAACACUUCCUCACGAGAAGCUUCCGCGGAACAAAAUUCCCCGAUAAUCUGGUCGAAAAUAAAUAACAUACGAUAAGAAUUCUGACAAAUUAUAUUGUGCAGAACAAUAUUCCUGUAAUUCUGUUCCGAAUUCAAGUGUGAAGUACACGUCAAAUUUUUGCAGAACGAUAAUUCGAUAGUUUCACUAAGAAUUAGAUUAUAAAAUAACUAAAAAAAAAUCACGACGCAAAUUUUUGCAAGAGAAUAAAGUGUUCCGAUGAUUUUCUGAGAACGAAAGGGUUUAAGCAAUCGACCGUGUCCCGACCGAAUAAAAAUUCUUUUGUAAUAAUUAAGGACAAAACGGAAGUCGAGCGAUUCGACGCACUAAACAGCAUACUGCCAAACGAUCGCGAGCCGAAGAUGAAAAAUUGCGAAUCAUCAAGUGGAAAGUCGUGGAGGUUGAGAGGCCGCGGCGAAACGAGAGAAAAAAGUAACGUUUUUAACCCAUCGAUAAUUCGAGAGAAUGGGACAACUGCAAAUUUAAUUAAUCCCUUUAAAAGUCUGGAGAUUUCUGAUAAGCGAGGCGGGUACUCGCGUGAGCAUUGAUUGAUUUGUAAGACACCAUUUUCAUCGACAAUUGUUCCCGCUACGUUAAUCUUAGCGACACAUUCAAUUAAAUUUAUAUUCAAUUUCGUAAGGUAUGAAUUUAAGAGAGAUGAUUUAAUCGGACCUUUUCAUUGAGUGCCGUUUCUUCAAGCGCAGCCGUUACAAUUGUUACGUCCAUAUCGCGCUAUUUUUAAGACUGAGAACUUAUUUAUAAGGAAGAAGGAGAGAUUAAAUUUAGGAUUGUCCUGUUUUUUUAAGGGGUUAAAACGUGGGUUCUUCGAAAAUUCAGGCGGCGACAGACUGCUGAAGGGACUGAGCGAGUUGCGAGUUAGAUAAAUGUAAAUAAAGGAUAAUUAAACUUAGGUCUGUCGCUGAUGCUGUUAACGAGCGAAUGGUACUGGGAGGGCUCGGGAAUAGCUCCGAUUGUAAUAAUACUGCACGUCGACGAGAGAAACGGUAUGUCAGCGUAGUCGGGAGCACUGGACGUAAUUUUAAAUUUGUAUAUAAUUGACAUUACAAUAAACUAUAUAUAAUAAACUACCAGCUACUUCAACCCCUGUUCCACCUGUCCCGAGAGGCAGAUCUCAUUAUCAUCAGUUCGCGAGGAGAGACCAAAUUACGCGCCGUCGAGAAAUCGAUCGCUUAAAAAUAUAUUCGCCCGGGAUUAAAUUAACCGAACAUA